CUCCCGGGCCGGCCCGGACGGAACGCCGGGAACAGUUGGACUCGAUGAUCCUUUUGGGUCCCUUCCAGCUCUGGAUAUUCCAUGAUUCUGGGAAGGGCCGCUCCCAGCCCCGCCGCAGGUGUGCGCCGGGCCCCGGGGAGCAGACAGUACCAGAUUGUCAGGAGAGGAGCUCCCCGGCGCUCCCCAGCAAUGGCAGGGAAAAAAGUCCUGAUAGUCUAUGCACAUCAAGAGCCCAAGUCCUUCAAUGGAUCUUUGCUGAAGAUUGCUGUGGAAGAAUUGACCAAGCAGGGCUGCAGUGUCAYGGUGUCRGAUUUGUACGCCAUGCAGUUUGAGCCCAGAGCAACAAGAAAUGACAUUGUUGGUCACCUGCACAACUCAGAAGCAUUCAAUUAUGSUGUGGAGAYRUGGGAAGCUUACAAGAGAGGAGGUUUGUCCAAAGACCUGGUUGAAGAGCAGAAGAAGGUGCAGGAAGCAGACUUGCUGAUUUUUCAGUUUCCCUUGUUUUGGUUCAACAUGCCUGCGAUCCUGAAGGGCUGGAUGGAUAGAGUCUUGGUCCAAGGCUUUGCUUACGAUUUGUCAAAGGCUURUGAUGGUGGUUUGCUCCAGGACAAAUUAUCCCUGUUUUCUUUCACCACGGGAGGAAGCAAAGAGAAGUAUGCAAUCAGAGGUGAUAUUCGCUAUCUCCUAUGGCCCAUGCAGGUAUAAUAUAUAAAUUUUUGGUUACUGUUUACCUUAAUUUUUAUUAUUCCAGCUAUUUCUAAAUGA